AUAUCGGGGUGACACCAGCAGAGCAGCAGGCUGCAGACAGACAGACAGACAGACAGACAGACAGACAGACAGACAGACAGACAGACAGACAGGCAGGUGCACCGUUAGCAGCUCGUCAUGGCGCUGAUCCCGUCGCAGGUGCUCCGGGUCGCCAUCCUGCUGUCCUACUUCUCCAUCCUCUGCCACUACCGAGCUCUGGACAUGCCGGCGCACCAGACCUACGGAGGCAGCUGGAAGUUCCUCACCUUCAUCGACCUGGUGAUCCAGGCGGUGUUCUUCGGACUGUGCGUCCUGAUCGACGUGUCCAGUCUGCUGACUAAGGGAGGCGACAGCAGGGAGCAGGAGCGCCAGCUGAGGAAGCUGAUUGGCCUGAGGGACUGGAUGAUGGCAGUGCUGGCCUUCCCCGUCGGAGCGUUCGUGGUGUUCACCUUCUGGAGCCUCUACCUGUACGACAGAGAGCUGGUCUACCCCAGACUACUGGACAACUUCAUCCCUCAGUGGCUCAACCACGGCAUGCACACCACCGUUCUUCCCUUCAUCAUCAUCGAGAUGCGGACCACCCGCCAUCGGUACCCCAGCAGGUCGUGGGGUGUGGCCGCCGUGUGCUGCUUUGGCGUGGGAUACAUCCUCUGGACGUGUUGGGUGCACCAGGUGACGGGUGUUUGGGUCUACCCGGUGCUGGAGCGCAUCACGCCGCUGGCUCGGGUCGUCUUCUUCAGCGUGAUGACGGCGGUGAUCUGUGUUUUCUACACGCUCGGAGAAAUCCUCAACAGCUACAUCUGGGACGCAAUACCAACUACAGAAAAGGUCAAAGGUGAGUGACCUCCUCUGGACGGGGGGGGGGGGUUGAAGUCGACCUUGGUGGGACAGAAGAGGACAAGUCGCGCCCCCCCCCCCCGACCCACCAGGACAGCACAAGAACAGAAAACAGCCGACCUCUCCGGACCGCUCACCUUUGGACUAUAUACAGUAUAUAUAUAUAUAUAUAUAUAUAUACACCCAAUAACAAUACCAAUAACAAUAAGAUAGGAACAUCAUCAGCUAAUGUAAAUACGGAGGAGAAGAUGACGAAUGCCGGCGAAUCAGAACUCAUCUUUUGUUUUUUAAUUUAUUUGUUUUUCAGUGGCAGAAACUAAGAAACCGUCUAACGCACAAACAUCUACUCAUCUACUCAUAACAACAUCAAUAACGUGUUGAUCAUCAUUAUUACUAUUCAUCUUAUGAGUCACACCACCUGUAUGGAAGAAACUAGAUGUUGGUUCAAAAUCAAUAAAGCUUCAGUGGAA